CUACAACUCCCAUGAUGCUCCGGGAGCCGAGCCAGCAGUUUCCAUGGAGAUCGGGAGCCGACUGAGGCCUAGCGGCGGCCGUGGCCUUUUGUAGCAACUCGAGGAGCGAUGCCUGGAGCCAGUGACACCUUAUGGGAUAUUGCUAAAGCCGAAGUUGAGAAAAGAGAAAAUCAUGAAGGUGACAGAGAUGGCCUGGAUUGUUGGGAAAGAUCCUUAUUCUUUUUAGGAAAUAAAAAUGGGGGAAAGACUACUAUUAUACUGAGGUGCCUUGACAGGGAUGAAAUUCCAAAACCAACACUAGCUUUGGAGUAUACUUUUGGAAGAAGAGCAAAAGGGCACAACACACCAAAAGACAUUGCUAAUUUUUGGGAACUAGGUGGUGGAACUUCGCUGUUGGACCUAAUUCCUAUACCAAUAACUACAGCUAACAUAAGAACAUUUGCAAUAGUUCUUGUUUUGGAUCUUUCAAAACCGAAUGAGCUCUGGCCAACCAUGGAGAGCCUUCUACAAGUCAUUAGGAAGCACAUAGACAGAGUCAUAACAAAACUGGGACAAACCAAUCCUAAAGCAGCUACUGAAAUUAAACAGAAAAUGUGGAAUAAUUUGCCAAAGGAUCAUCCAGAUCGUGAGCUGAUUGACCCCUUUCCAAUUCCAUUAGUUAUAAUUGGAAGCAAAUAUGAUAUGUUUCAUGAAUUUGAUUCUGAAAUGAAAAAAAUAAUAUGCAAAACACUUCGAUUUGUUUCUCAUUAUUAUGGAGCAUCUUUAGUGUUCACCAGCAAAUCUGAAGCUCUACUAUUAAAAACACGUACAUUCAUUAACCAUUUAGCAUUUGGCUUUGAUAGAGGAAAAUCCAUGUCUUUGGAUCAGAAUAAACCACUGUUUAUCCCAGCAGGAAUGGACUCUCUUAGUCAAAUAGGCCCACCACCUGCUGCUGACAGUGAUAUUGGAAAACUGCAUGCCCAGUCACCUAUGGAUCUAUGGAAGAAAGUAUUUGAGAAAGUAUUUCCACCCAAGAGUAUCGGUGUUUUGAAAGAAGUCAUUGACCCUGGUCAGGAUCCACAGUAUGCUGAAUAUGAAGUUGAUGCUAUGCGAGGUCAGAAGAACCAGGAACUAGAACAGUACAAGAAAAAUGCCUCUAAAACCUGGAAAGAAAUGGAUUUUGACUCUUGACUGAAAAUUGUAUGUCUCAACCAGAGUUCAACUUUGUUGUUAUGUUUUGUGCAUUUAAGUUGGUUUGUGUAAGUUUUAUGUACAAAAUAAAUUUCACUGGUUCAUCAGAAGUAUACUUAUUGUUGUUACUAACAAACUAAGUAAAUUAAUGAAACUCAUCAGUAGAACUCAGAUCUGGCAUUUAAUGUCAAAAAAGCAGGUCUGUAUGCAUUAGCUGAUCUGAGCUUUAUAAAAUGGUGGUGUAAUAUUUUUCCAGUUAGGACAGGCACAUCCAUAUUUUGUCGCAUGUUAAAAGAUAGUUUUAUUUACACUACGGUAUUGGAAAACAUGGCCUAUUGGACUGUAACUUUAAUUAUCAAAAUUCUUUAUGGUGGAUAUCUUUGAACCUAAAGUAUUCAUAGAUCUGUUUUUUACUGAUAAUAAAAGAAGGCUGAGGAAAUUAUUGUUUAAGGCUGUCUUUACUGUUUUACAUUUAUUAGACAUUGGGGCAAAUUGAUAAUGCAAAUAAUUCAAUUUGUAAUUUUUAAAUAAAGAUUUUUUUAUUA